AUGCAAGUCUGGGCGGUUCACUACGAUCCUGCUCUGUUUUCUGAAGAUCUUUACCAUGCAGGCCUCUCAGUCGUUGACCCAGAAAGCGCGACGCGAGUCAAAAAGUUCUUUAGAAGGGAGGAUGCCUGUCGUAGGUGUCUGUUUUUUCCGAUUUUAGUAGUGUCUGACAGUUUGCUAGGGACACUCAUCGGGCAUUUGCUGCCCCGUAUGAUGCUCAGGGAUCGUGGCGUCCUACCGCAAGCUAUGACAUUUGGUGCGACAGAGGCAAGGAAACCAUAUAUUACCACACCUUAUCUGGAUCCGCCCGUUGCAUUCAACAUAUCCCAUGAUAACGGUCUGGUAGCAAUGGCGUUCGGACCGGGCACGACAAACCCGCCAUCUUUUUCUAUUGGCAUUGAUGUAAUGAAGGUACGGAUUCCAGGGCGCGAGUCAUUCAGAUCCUUUGUAGAGACUCUAACCACGCUUGAACGUCGCUGUUUACUUUCCCCCGAAGUAUCGCAAGACGAAGCUCUUCGAAGAUUCUUUUGGAUUUGGACGAUAAAGGAGGCUUAUACAAAAGCUCUUGGCCUUGGCCUUGGGUUCGACUUCAGUCGACUGGAAUUCGACGUAACCUCGGACAUAAUUCGGGUAGAUGGUGCAGUCUCACUGGGAUGGCAAUUCAAAAAAUUCGAGUUGGUACAGGGACAGGACGUGUACCUGGGCGUUGUGGCUGAGUUCACGGGAGGCACAGAAACCUUAAUUACCUCCGAGAACGAGGCACAUCCUUGGUUGAUCAGAUACGACGCACAUUUGUUCGUACAGCGGGCUGUACAGGAGUUGCAGGUCGAAGAAGUUCGGGAUUAG